AUGUGCAUUGUAUAUCCCAAACUUGACCCCAAGGAUUUGGAGAAGAGGGACCAUCAGCAAACUGAUUCCUGUAUGCCGAUGACACUGAAAAGUGACCAUCACUUUUCAAGUUUCCAUAAAUAUGAAUCAUUACACUCCAUAUCAGAAGUCAUCCACAUGGAGGCAAUGCUAAAAACAACAUCAAAUGGAAGGCAACCAUGUAACUUGGUAAGAUCCCAAUUACCUGUAGCAUCGCAGAAUUCCGAUACUGAUGCAUCAGCCUCAUUUUCAGUAAUAGAGACAUUAGCGUGCUGGAUAAGAGGACUGAAGAUACACCAGCUAUCAAGCCAAAAUUUAGUAGAGAGACCAUUUCCGAUGUUGACAGCAAGACCGCCUUCAAGGACCCCUCUACCUUUUUUUAUACUACGCCAAGAAUCCGAAGGGCGAGCAACAGCGGAUAAGAAGUCGGUCUUCCUUAAAUCAACCCACAAAGCGUCCUUGUUAAAGACAAUAGACCAUCCCAGUUUUGCAAGGAACGCCAAAUUGCACUUCUUUAGAUCCCAAAUAUUGAGAUCCCCAAGCUCUUUAGGAAGACAAAUCUUCUCCCAAGCAAGAGGAAUCCGCUACUCUAGAGGAAGGAUCAAUAGUCCAGCUAGCCACGCACACGAGGUGAUCUUUCUACAUCAUUUCGCGCUUUCAACUUUAGCAUGGGCUCAGCUCGAUAGCUGGCUUUCUAAACCCAACGCAGUUGUAGCAUCUACCCUCACGACUUCUCAUAGACUGAAUUGUCAGAAUCGGCUCGCAAACAAAAUUCUUGCCCAUGUACUCGUAAGGUCUCCCUUAAUCUCUAGCCUCCUCUUGAUCAGGCUCAUGUUCACCUGA